AUGACAGAGCCAGCUGAUGACGAGGCCAAGAUCCCUCGACCAGAGUCGGCCUCUCCAGGUUCACGUCCUCCAACUGCGACUGAAGCAGAGAAGAAAACAACCCAAGCGGUGACAUCUCCGGCAAACGCGCCUGCCAAGCGCAACGCCUUUACAGAACUAAUGGCGCCAAAACCCGAAGCUCCCAUCUCCCAAGCCCCCCAGUCCAUGGCCUCCAAAGCAUCGCAAAUCGUCCGCGGCGUCUGGCGCGGCGCCCUCAUCGAAUACAUCGAACACCCCGAACGAUUCCCGGACAAAGUCCUGCGCGUGACCGCCAACACGGUCCUCAUCAAAGACGCCUUCCCCAAAGCCACCAUCCACCUGCUCCUCCUCCCCCGCUCCCCAGCGCACUACCUCCUGCACCCCCACAGCGCCUUCGCCGACCCAGCCUUCCUAACCAUGAUGCGCGAAGAAGCCGCCGUAGGCGCCCAGCUCGCCGCGGCCGAACUCGCCCGAAAGCUGGGCCCCUUCUCGGCCAGCAACCGCACGCGGGACGAGGCCAUGGGUAAGGGUGGCGUGCCCUUUGACGAGCUGCCCGCGGGCCGCGACUACGCGGCCGAGAUCCGGGUUGGCAUCCACGCGCACCCGUCCAUGGCGCAUUUGCAUGUGCACAUCAUCUCGCGGGAUAUGCACUCGGAGAGGGCGCGCCAUAAAAAACAUUAUAACAGUUUUGUGACGCCGUUUUUUGUGCCGUUGGCGGAUUAUCCGCUGGCGGAGGAUGAUGUGAGGCGGGAGACGGGGUUUCAGAAUGGGAAUUUGAAGAGGGAUUUGGUGUGCUGGCGGUGUGGGAAGAACUUUGGGGCGCGGUUUGCUGAGCUGAAGAAGCAUUUGGAGGAGGAGUUUGAGGCGUGGAGGGCGGAGUAG